AUGCCCCCUCCCCACAACGGGUCAUUACCCCCUCCUCACAAUGGGCCAUUGCCCCGUCCAGCCACGAUAUUCCGACUAACGGCUAGCACGCAACUCCGCAAAGUCACGGGCCUCCAGAAAAGAUGGAAAAGUGCAGAGCUGUCGUGCUCCCGCGAGAUCGACGUUUCCCUCCGUGGUCUUAGGAAACGAGCGUGGUGGCCUUGCGGACCGGCCAUGCAGAAAUUUGACAGCGAAAUCGUCGGGGAAAUCGAGGAGCUGCUGAAGAAUGUCGAGCUUGGCGACGCCGACAUUUACUUGCGGCUGUACAUGAUUGGGAAAAGCCCGGAAAAGUCGCGGCCAGUCAUCAUGGUCUGUUGCUCCAACCCUCGGGUCAGAACACAGGCCGAGGAGGCAAUCCGCGAGAGUCGGAUUCCGAAAGAAUACCCAGAGUUUGCUUUGGGUGCAAGCGCGCUGCCACUGGAGCAGCCUGGUCUGGUUCGCGCACUGGCAGGCAUGUCCGGCGCAACACAGUCCGCCGGACACCGGACACAAGUCCACGGGAGCCGCAAGCGGGCUAGGGGAGAUGAAGAAGACGAAGAAGAUAAAGAUGACGAGCCCCCGCCCCAAAAACGCCAAACUUACGACUCGAAUCAUAUCGAUGAUUUGGCUCCCGAAGUCAUAUCUUACCCAGUUGGGAGACGUCUCUACGUCGGCCCUCGGAUUGCAACGGGAGGUGUAAUUAUCCGAAUUCAUGAGCGUGACCACCAACUUACCGUCUCUCAUGUCCUGGACGACGAACCGGUUCCAGCGCCCAGCGACUCGGAUCGGCAGAGCCUCUUGGAGGAGUGCCAUUUCGACGAUAUGAGUGAAGAUGAUGAUGAAAUAGAUUCAGCUACGAGCAACGAGCCUGACGGAAGGCCGCAUGUGUCACAGACGCCAUUUGAUCCACACUCAGCCGGUUACAUCCCGAAGCACCUUGCUGUCUCGCCAUACGAUAGCCGCAAUGGCCCAAAUCCUGGCCUCGACUACACGCUGCUUCCAUGGGACCUCAUCUUUGCCCCCCACCGGGAACAGGAAUACUUUUUACCAAACAAAAUCGUUCUGCCCGAUGUGAAAAACCCGAGAACUCUGUGUAUCGAGGGGGUCCUAGGCAUACCGGAAACAGAACAAGCAGUGGCCGUUGCCACCGCUUCCAGCGGCGUGAUCCGCGGCGUGUUGGUUCCGACUGUUGUAUACUUCCGGAACGCGAAACUACCUCAUUUCCAGAGGCUUCACCCCGUUCAUCUCGACGGUCCUGUGGGCUUGGGAGACAGCGGCUCUGCUGUUGUUGACCAGAUCACCGGCCACCUCUAUGGUCACAUCGUCAGGGGUGCCGAGCAGUCCACGACCGCCUACAUUGUCGCUGCGGCGGAAGUCUUUGACGAAUUGUGGCAAAUGACCGCCGCGAAUCCUCAGCUGGUCAGUAUAUUAAAGUCUGUCUACGACGAUGUCUACACUUCGCCCCGCGAGGAGAAGAUUGUAAACCCAGCCCCUGAUAUCACAGCUUCGUGUUCACCGCCACCCUCGCCUACGCCCGCGCCUACCAGCAUCGAUCUACACGGCCCCGACGCAUAUGUGGCCGGAUCUCCAUUCGCACUUCGGGAAGAAUUGUCAUUUCCAGCACCACCCAUAUCCCCAAUUCCAGGUGAAUUUAUGGGCUUGGGCCCCAUAUACAGUGGGAUUGAGUCGCCACCCGGGCUCACCAUGGAAUCGUACUCGGACAUAAUGACCUCUGGCGCUACCUCGGCGGGCAGCAUGGCGCCUGGGCAGGGGCAUCCUGAAGGCACCGACACGGAUUCUACCGCGGCUAUGAAUCUCGCCACGGGGCACCAAAACACAGUAAAGACCGUGGAGCUUACCUACCAACCGCUCUUCGGGAGGCAACCCGGCUCUCCUGGUGAACCUCGCUCAGGAGUAUUCCGACCCUGGAAUGGCGAACCUGCUCCCACAGCUGAAGAACCUGAAGUGGGCGCGGACUACGAUCAAUUCUACAACUUUCCGUACGAACCCUGA